AUGCUCUGCUGUUUCUCGAGCGCGCCGGCCGCCGUGCUCCUCGCCCCGUACGACAGGAGCGUGGUGCUGUCGCCGCACGCGCUCACCCAGAGCGGCGGGGGCGGCUGGGCGCCCGCCCGGUUCGGCUUCUCGGGCGGCAUCGCGCGGGUCUCGCCGAUCGUGCGGCUGGAGCCAGCGCCGCCGGCCGCCUCUCCUCCUCCCGCCGGGGCCGCGGGCAGCGCCGCGGCGGACGCGGGCGACGCCGGCGCGCCGGCCCACUUCGCCGUCGGCGACCGCGUCCUCGUCACCUUCCCGGGCGAGCCGCCGUUCGAGGCCGUUGUGUGGGCGGUGAGUGGCGACGCAUACACGGUGCGGUACUGCUACGACGGCGAGCUCGAGGAGCGGCUCGACCGCAGCCUGCUCUCGGCCUGGCGGCCGGACAGUGGCGCCAAGCGGCUCACCCUCGACGAGCUGAUGAUCCAGGACCGGCUCGGAGAGGGGACACAGAGCGAGGUGCUGAGCGGCAGCCGGCAGCAGAUGCCAAACUUAGCAGCCCCCGCAUUCCAGCAGCGACCCGAGGCUCUCGUAGUCGGCAGCCUCCCGCCGGCACUGCGCUCGCGGCCCUCGCAUGCACGCGGCGCUCCGAGCUGCCGAUCCCCCACCCUCGCCUCCCCGGCCCCUUUUGUUUCGCCAGGCUACUUGCCCGGCGGCGCGCCUGUGGCGGUCAAGCUGGGGCUGAAGCGGGGCGCAAUCUCGCGCGAGGCGGCGGUCCUCUCCGCCCUCUCGGGCCGCGUCGGCUUCCCCCUCCUCCUCCACCACGAGCACGAGGGGUUCGUGCACAACGACCUCAAGCCCGCCAACGUGCUGCUCGGGUCGGGCGCCGAGCUGCAGCCAAAGCCGCUGCACCUGAUCGACUUUGGGUCGUGCACUCGGGCCAACGGACGGCGGGGCACGGGCUGCGUCAAGGACACGCCCGCACGACGCCGCGAGCUGAUGCGGCCGGUGGACGACGUGGAGAGCCUCGCUUACGCCCUCGCUUUCCUCGGGGCGGGCGGCCUACCGUGGCAGGGCAAGCCCGACGAGAUCGUGCUCGGCAUGAAGCGCGAGCUGAUGGCCGGCGCCCUCGGCCGCUCCUCCAUCACGGACGCCCUCCGCAGCGACGCCGACGCGGCGGCCCUCGAGGCGCUGUGGGCCGAGGUGCGGCGCUGCCACAGCGGCGAGGCUCAGGUCGACUACGACGCAUGCCUGGCCGCCCUUGGCGGCGGGGAGGCGGGCGCGGGCGCGGGCGCGGAGGCGGAGGCGGAGGCGGAGGCGCUCUCCGAGCUCUCCUUCAUGGCCGCCUUGGGGGAGCCAGAGGCGGAGGAGGGGAGCGGCGCCGGAGUGCGGUUGGUGCAGCCUCCCGCCUGGGCGCUGCGGAGCCCGGUGGGCAUCUGGGGACGUCCCUAG